UUUUUUUUUAAUUUUGUUGUUGUUGAUUAAUGCUGAUGCUGUUUGUGUGGUGUGUGGGUCUGAUUACCGAUGAUGAUGUUGUUCAUCAAACACAUCGAUUAUUGAUAUAAUCCGUGAUGAUUAUCAAUAGUUUGAUUCAAUUUUUCAAAAUAAAAAAAUUUUCUUUCAAAAUCAUCUGAUUAAUUUUUACAGCGUGAUGAUGAGCUUUAGUGGUGGGUGUGUUUGUUUGUUGUGUGUUUCGAAUGUUUUGAAUGUGUUGUGAUUGUGUGAUUCUCUCAUCCAUUAUUGAUUGACCGAAUUCUAAUUCGAAUCUGAAUCCCAAAACGAUAAUCGAUUUGUCCAUUGUUUUUUGCUUGUUUGCGUUGUUGUUCAAGAAGUUCAAUGGUGUUUUGCCUUUGAAUAUUAAAUAUAUAUCGAUGUAAAGUUUUGGUCUUGAUCUUAAUCUGCUUAUUCUUGUAUAGUUAAUUUAUCCAAAAGGUGCUUUAAUUGGGCCGCGAUAUAUCAUGUUUCAUAAUUAAGAUGGUCGUGAUCAGUCGAAAAAAAAAAAUGCUCUAGCCAUCGACUAAAAGUAAUCAAUUUUCCUCAAAACAAAAGAGAUACUGGCAUUGCACGGAAAAGGAAAUGGUCUGAAUGGAGACCACUCACGCCUUGAAACAUCAUCAUAACCAUCAUCAUCAUCAUCAUUCUCACCACCAUCCACCACCUUCAUCUCAUAAUCAUCACACUAAUAAUAGUAAUAGUGGCUUAUCACACCCACCACCACCGACACCACUGCAAUCAUCAAUAACACCAACUUGUUCUUUGCAAACAACAAUCAUCACAAAUAAUAAUCAACCAACGACGGCGACCACCACUACUAAAGUAACUGGACGGCCAUUCCCCCUUUUAUUAUCGAGUAUUGAAUCGGUUACAUCAUCUUCCUCUUCUUCUUCAUCCUCUUGUUCAUCGUCAUCAUCAUCUGCGGCGAUAACCACCACAUCAUUGGAACCAAACUCGAAUCUAAAACGUUGUCUCAAUGGAUCUUCAUCGACCACCAAUAUCGGAUCGAUAACGGGACGAAUAACGUCAUCGACAUCAUCACCAAAUACCGCAGGUGUUGCGGUCAAUGGUGGUGGUGGUGUAGGCGGAUCAUCAUCGUCAUCGUUGUCUAAUCUGAAAAAUGGAGGCCUAAAGGGAAACAGUAGCAAUCACAAUCAUCAAAAUGGUAACACUUUCAGUGUUCAUCGGCCAAAUGGAACGACAAACAAAAAGUCAUCGUCCACAACAAAUUUACUGCCAUCAUCAUCAUCAUCAUCAUCAGCAACAGCGACAGCAUCAGCAACAACUAUAUCGACGCAAUCACAGCCAACAAAUUAUCUUGGUUUCAAUGGCCAUCAUUCGCUGACCUCUGAAACUAAUCAACAACGAUUAUUGCCAUUUAAAAAGAACCUAUUAGCACGAGAAUGCCAACCAUUAUUGAAUGGUAAAUUGAAUUCAACAAUAAAAUCGAAAACAUCAUUGAAUGGUGGUUAUCAUAAUGAUACUCUGGGCAACAAAAUCAAAUCACAACAAAAUGGCAUCGGUUCGAUUAAUACAAAUACAAAUAGUAAUAUGAAUGGUGUUAAUUAUCCAGAUCAUCAUCAUAGUCAUCAUAGUGGUAGAAGUUUGAAUGAUAAUUUCAACAAUUAUAACCAUUAUCUCAACUUGACAAAUAAUCCAAACGGUAAUUUGUUUGCAUUUCGAAAUGUUUCAUCUGCAACUGCAUUCAAAAAUCAUUCGGCAUUCACACAGCCAUCAUCAUCGUCAUCGAGGUUUCAUUACAACACAACAACAUCAACCAUCACCACCACCCAUAACAAUCACAAUCAAUCACAAUCAUCAUCUGAUCUCAAUAAAACAUUGACCACAGCGAAACCAAAGGUUUUUAAAUUUUUCAAAGAAAAAGCCAAAGCCGAUCAACAACAACAAAAUUUAAAUUCAACCAUAACAUCAGAAUCAUCAUCAUCGACGACAACAAAUUCGGCAAGAAAAUCGAAAACGAAAAAUUCAUUAAAUUCAAAAACAAAAACAAGCAAAUCCAAAACGACUAAAGUAAACAGAAAAUCAGUGAGCACAAAAAAUUGUCCACUUGUCAAAGGUUCCAUCGGUGAUUUGCCAAAUUUGAUUAAUAGUGAUGGUGGUGGUGGUUAUUUAAUUUCCGGAAAUAAUUCUGCAUUCUCGCCAUCGUCGUUGUCCAAUGUUGAUAAAUUGUCAGCUGGUGAGAAUGGUGUUUAUGAUAAUGUGAAUGAUGAUGAAACAUUGGCGAUACAAAAAUCGAGAACCAUUCAUUAUGCCGAAUAUUUGAUUGAAAAUUUCGCUCUACAAGUGUUUGAUAAUGAACACGAUCUCAUGUGUGCUGUCGAACAAAGUGAACGUAUCCGCAAAUCACUAGACCCGAAUCGUUCAUCAUCGUCAGAAUUAUCGGAUAACUAUCAUUCCGAAUCCGAUGUUGAAUCCACGACUUGGCAACAAAUGAAUAGUAGCCAUUGUACAAAUCAACAAAAUGAUUCCAAAAUCAACCAUAGUAAUCAUCAAUUGAUGAAUGGUUCAAGGUCCAAAUUGUCGAAUACGACCAAUAAUUAUUGUGAUGGUUUAAUAUUAUUACGAAGGAGUCCAUCUCCAACAUCGUCAUCGUCUUUAUCAUCAGACGAUGACGAUGACGUUGGAAAUGAUAGAAUCGCCCAAAGAUCUUUACUCAUAUCUACGAAUCAUAAAUCAACAAGUCUUUCGAAUGGUAAAAAAUCUCGAUCAUCUUCGCCUAGGAAAAAAUCAGCUACGACCAAUAAUAAAACGUGUAAAAAACCUCGAGCUUCACCGUCGAAAAAUUUGGCGAAUAAAAAAUCAAACAAUAAAAAGUCCAACAAUUUGUCCAGCAAAAAAUCAUUUUCAUCCAAAGAAAUUGUUGAUACCAGCGACGAUGACGAGGAUGAGAAUGAGUUUGACGAACACGAAGAAUCAAAUGAUGAACUGGACAAUGAUAACAGAACUAGAAAGAAUAUUCCAAUCAAAUGUUUGCAUAAACAUGCAAAAAACCAAUCAGCUUGUAGCAAGUGCCUGCAGAAAUGUAAAUCUCAAACCAUACAAUCAAAACAGCCGAAAAAACGGCCAACAAAAUCGAAAUCCAAAUCACCGAGUAAAUCCAGCAACAACAACAACAACAGCUCAUCGAAAAUGGGCAAAAAUGUCAAAAAUAAACAAACGGUAAACAAAACAACAACAACAACGACGACCAAUAAGAAAUCAAUAGUGAAAAAGAAAGCGGUUAAUAGUAAAAAUAAAAAAGCAACGACCAAUCAGCAAAAAGUCAACAAUGUCCCAUCAUCGAAAUCAAAUCAAGUUUCCAGCAAUGAUGAUGAUGAUGACGACAACGACGACGAUGAUGACGAUGAUGAUGAUGAUAGUGAUAGUGAUAGUGAUGAGGAUGAUAAUGUUGUUGGUCGCCAUCAUAAUCAACGACAACAGAAUCAACGUCGUAAAUCAACCACAAAUCGACAACAACAACAACAACAACGUCGACAACAGCGUCGAAACCGUCGUAAUCAUGAUGAUUCCGAAGUUGAUGAUGAAGAUGAUGAAAUUUUGGAUUCUGAUCAUUCUGAUUCAGAUGAUAAUGAUGAUUCGGAUGAAGAUGAUAGUGACGACGACGACGACGAUGAUGAUGAUGAUGACGAUGAUGAUGGUGAAGAGACUAUUGAAGAUAAUAGAACAAUCGCCGAUCUUAUUAAAUGUUCGAAUCGUCGUGAAGCCGUACGUAAAGCGGCUGCACGUGCAGCUGCAAUGCAACAACAUUCGCAUCAUAGUCAUAGUCAUCAUCAAUCGGUCAGUAGCACGCGUCCAUCAUCAUCAUUGUCGAUGACUGCAGUUGCAUCGUCUCCAUCAGCCUCAUCGUCAUCUUGGACCAAUACCAAGGUGACAAAGGUGAAUGCUACAUCAUCAACAUCCGCCUCAUCGGCAGUGAACACGAAUUCAAAUAAUGGACCACCAUCAACGAAUCCAGUGUUGAAUGUGAACAAUAGUAGUAAUAGUUGCAGCAGCAGCAGCAACAACAACAACAACAACAUUCACGUUGAUUCCGAUUCAACAUUAGCCACGACCGGUGCGAAAUGCUCGAAAUCGGCUAAACAAACACAACAGACAAAAUCAACUAAACACCAACAACAGUCAAAGAAUCAGCCAACUGCAAAACAAUCGAAAUCGGCCAAAUCGACGGCUAAAUCAUCAGCGAAAACAAUCACAACCACAACAAGCAAAUCAAAGCAAUGGAAAAAAUCAACCCCAGCCAAUAAUAAUAAAAAAUCCACAACGACAAAACAACAAACAAAACGAUCAAAGUCAGAUUCCGAAGAGGAAAUGGAUUCAUCACCCGUUUCCGACGACAGUUCUUGUGAUGAUGAAAAGAAACACGAUAAUGGUCUAUCUGCUGCUCAAUCUGAGUCUGAAUCUGAAUCUGAUAAUGACAACGACGACGAUGAUGAUGAUGAUGAUGAGGAUGAGGACGAGGAUGAAGUAGAUGAUCAGACGCCAGAAAUCAAACGAACUGUCGGUCGACCACUGGGUAGUAGGAAUAAAAAAAGAAAAGCGGCAGCUAAAAUGAACACCGGUAAAUCGAUUGGAAAAGCUGUAAAUAAUAAUAAAAAACAAAACGCGAAAAAGACUAAAUCAACCACCAAUGCCAGAGACGAUUCGGAUGAGCAUUCCGAAUCUUCGCAAUCAUCGAAUGACGGAGAUAGCAACAAUAGCGACCAGGAUGAAGAUGACGGUUUCGAAGAACCGGUUCAAAAUAAUCGUAAACAAAAUACAAAACGAAUACUUCGGUCUAAAUCUUUGACAAAACUGGAAAAAUCAGCUUCUCUGAAAACAAAGUCAACCAAGAAAUCGUCAACUCAGACUGCGAAUAAAAAAUCAACAAUCACUGAAAAGAAACUGAAAACAGCAACUAAAAACGUAAACGACCAGAUUCUUCAUCGUCUAAUUCUUCCGCUUCUCAUGAUGACGAUGAUGUGGACGAUGUUAAUGCUGCUGCUGAUGAUGAUGAUGAUUUGGCUGAAAAUUUUCUCACCGAGGAUGAUAGUCAUGAUGAUGAUGAUGGUCAUAUUUUGA